GUCAAAGGUAAAUCCUCACGGUUCGACCUUGACUUACCUUCUGCGAGAACCCAUCUCGAGGGACUAGGAGAAGCCAUGACUGAGGACCAGCUGUCCAACCCUAUUCCCAUAUGUGUGGCCUCAACGGGGAGUGGCCAUACGGGAGGAAGGGAGAGCAAAGAGUUUCGGUCAUCCAGUCAAGGCCCACAGGAGUUACCAAAGCCCGUGGGCACGGUAAAUGAAAGCCAACCUGCCCUAAAUUACGUCAAGGACGUGUCGUGGUCUCCAGAUGGCACAUGCCUGUUGACAGACUCUGCAGACCAUCAUAUUAGGACAUACAUACUACCCCCAGAUCUCUUAGAGGAUAGACCAUCACCUCAUCAGCUGUCUCCAUAUUCAGUGGUCCCCUCAGCGGAGCCAACCUAUGCCACAGCGAUCUACCCUUAUUUCUCCCUCCAGGAGCCAUCCACGACGUUGUUUCUCUCGACGGUGCGGGAUCACCCCAUCCGUCUCACGUCGGCUCUGGUGCCGACAACGGUGGCCACAUAUUCCCUGGUCAACCCGACCACGGAGGCUUUCAUCACCCCCCACUCUAUUGAGUAUCCGUCGACGCUGAGCGGGACGCAGUUCAUCACCGGCUCCGACAGUCUGAUCUGUCUGUUUGAUGUUUCUCGUCCUGGCAACGAUGGACCGGUUUCCUGGAUGCCGACCAUUCCCAGCAAGCGGAAAAAAGCUGUUGGGGGAGGUGUGGGAAUGAAAGGGAUCGUGUCCGCUCUGGCGGUCAACCCAACCGGAGGUGGUGUCCUCGCCGCGGGCACCUUCUCCCGGCACAUCGGGCUCUAUGAUUCGAACGGGUCAGGUCAGUCCCUGGGCACCUUUAGCAUUGCGAAGACCGAGGCCGAUCCCCACAUCGGCGGUCGCGGAGUCACGCAGUUGCUGUGGAGUCCUUGCGGUCGGUAUCUGUACAUUGCCGAGCGGAAGAGCGACGGGGUCUUGAUAUACGAUAUCCGAGUCACAGGGCAGAUGCUAGGAUGGCUGGAAGGCCGUCAGACCCUUACGAACCAACGCAUGAAGAUGGACAUCGUGCCCACUCACCAGGGAGAGUCGCAUGAAGUCUGGGCCGGAGGGACGGACGGAUAUAUGAGAGUGUGGCGGGAUCCCACCCAUACAGCUGGCGCUCAGAAGCCUCAAUGGGCGUGGCAGGUUCACGAUGACGCUGUCGGCAGUACCGUAAUGCAUCCGAUGGGGACGGUUGCUGCUACGGGAUCAGGGCAACGACACACUGAUUUUGAUGAUGACAAGCCAAUGCGAAAUGAUAAUACUGUCAAAGUGUGGUCUAUGCCAUUCCUUGAUGGCGGUGCCGAAAAUGAUUGAGGUAUCGUAUACUCCAUGCAUCCAUCCCGGUUGCCACGUGCCCGAUCUGCACGGCCCGUCCCGUUAUCUCCGAGCCUCAGUGGGGAGUAUGAAGUUACAAGUUUUCUUUCCACCAAGAGCCCGAUUCUUGGGCCCCAAACCAGCCACCUGUCCUCAAGUCCCAUCACUGGGUACUCUGGUCAAGUUGGCUUACGGCGGAUGGGAGCUCUGACGACAUUUCCC